AUGUCAACUACGAUACCGGCGUUUGAGAAUUUACCACGUCCACGAUACCAAGCCCAAGUGCCACAACUUCUGACCCUUUCCAAGCAGGCUGGAGUUUUGCUAUCUCAAAAUUAUCUGGCCAGCAUUUACAACAUUUUUAGUGAUGCAGGUUUUGAGCCUGGUAACAUCCAUUCUCUUUCGACAUCUGCAGAAGAGCGCAUCAUGAGCAGCCAAGACGGAAAAGAGGGCAUUGGAAUAGAAAUAGCCAGUGUAAAUGAAGGAAAGAAAGUUUUUCAACGCCAUGGAACAGAUCUACAGGAUAGCAUUUGGCCCUCGAAUACAAGGAUUGCACGCCAACGGUAUUUAAAUAACAUUGCAUCAGUUACCUUUAUGGAUAUCCGUCGAAUGGUCUCUGUCGAUGAUACCAUUGAACAACCUGGCUUAUCGGCAGCUGUUUCCCCGGAUGGACUCAGAUUCAAGGCUCACCGUCUAAAUACGAAUUUUAUCCACGGAAACCGACACCGGCGGUGGAACUCUGUCACAGAAUAUAAAAAUGCUGAAAAUAAACUGUUCUUGCCAAAGCCAGCUGACACUAUGGAUAUGAGAUCUUCCAUAAAUAAAAAUAUUAAAAACAAAGUAACUAUGACAAAUCCAGAGGAAAUAAAGGAAAAAGAGGAUAUCGGAAUCGAAACUGUCGAUGCUACUGAGGAUGAGUCACUAUCUGAAUCUUUGCAGGGCGAAAAUCACUGGACUCGAAAAGCCGCUUUUGUUUUCAGCCUAACGCAAAUCAGACUAAUGCUACUCGGAGUUGAUGCAUUACUAAUUGUUUCCCGCUGUCUACAUACCUAUCGUGUUGUCCGCCAGCUCUGGCUUGGCCGUGUCCAUCGUCAGCUAUUAGCAGUGCUCCAUUCAAGCUUCGAAGCUUCAGUCGGUCCGGAAGUGACAAGGUCAGCUAAAGUCUGGCCUCCAAGAAGCCAAUUUCGCAAGGAGCAAAACAGACCAGUAGAAGGCGCAGCUGAAUCUAGCAAGGUGAAGACUAUACCAAAUAAUAGGCGGAAACAUAAGGAAAGUGAAGAAGCUAGAGCAAUGAACGAAGGCACCGUGGCGGUCACUCGAGUUACUGGAGACAAAGGUUUAGGUCAAUAUAUUGGUAUACAGUAA